AUGGUCUUGAAACUCCACGGAGGUAGCCUGUCGACUUGCACCGCCCGCGUCGCGGUUAUCCUCCAUGAGAAGCAAAUACCUUACGAAUUAAUUGAAGUGGAUUGGCCCAAGGCAGAGCACAAAUCGGCAGCUUGGAAGAAGAAUCAGCCAUUCGGCCAAACUCCCUAUAUUGACGAUGACGGAUUUAUCUUGUUCGAGUCUCGUGCUAUUGCAAAGUACAUCGCGACCAAGUAUGCCUCCUCCGGGACCCCACUCCUCCCGUCGAGCAACGAUCCUCAAAGCAUGGCCCUUGUUGACCAAGGAGCCAGUAUUGAGAACAAUAACUUUAAUCCAAGCGCCGAGGGCUUGACGGUUGAGCUAUUCUUUAAAAAAUUGCGCGCAGCGGAAGCGGAGCCCAAAUUUGUUGAAAAAUGGGAAACAACGCUUCAGGGGAAAAUGGAAGGGUUUGAAUCUCUCCUCAGCAAACAGAAGUACAUUGGCGGAAAUGAGUUAACCUACGCCGACUUCUUCUUUUUGCCAUAUGGAGAAGCUAUCAUCAAGCUAGGUUAUAACCAUCUGACGAAUGAGAUUGAGUAUCCACACGUCGCCAGGUGGUGGAAGGAAAUAUCGUCGCGAGAGUCCUGGCAAGCAGUCAAGGAUGGGGUAAAAGGGCUUCCGGCUCAAAAUUGA